CACAAUCACCGCGGUCACGAGUGCAAUGACGAGUGCUACAAACUCGGCAAGAACAUGUACGAGAAUGGCAGGCAUUCAUCAUAGUCCAAGCAGUCGUCCGCACCCGCACAAACAACGCGAUCAUUCGUCUCUGUACAAGAACCGAACUCCUAAUUGGAAGGAAGCUUUUAGGAAGAGGUGCUUUGAACAACUGAAGAGUCGGAGAGAGAGCGUGAUUGAGCGAUUCCGGCAAUGCCCAUCCAACUGUCAAUUAAAAGAAGAGGAGGAGGAGUUAGUAGCAUUACUGAUAAAGGAAGAGUGGAAGAAGAUGAGAGAAGAGAAACUAGCUUCCUUUGAUGAAGAGUUUUUGCGAGAUGGAUGUGAACACGUAGAAAGCUGUUUGUCUGUUAUGGAGGACAUCAAGGCAAGCCUGAUGGAGGAAGAGGCAGCUAUGGUGCGAGAAUAUGAGACACAGUUGUCACUGGAUGAAGCACAGAUCUGUGAUGCUGUUAGAAGCCUGCACACAGAUGAUAUAAUAUGCCCAUUUUGCCAGCGGUAUCCUAUCAUGAUCAACAGAUCUGUGAUAUUCUGUCGCUGUGGACUUCGCAUUAAUACACAGGAGGAUGCACUCACACUGGGGAUGGUACGAAGCAACUUGGACGAAGGUCUGCAGUCCCAUAGCAGCGUCUGCCACAAUCAGCCACACUUUUCCGUGCUACAGACGGAGGCAAACGGGACAACCUCGUUCCUUAUGAUGACCUGCACGUUGUGUGACUUCAUGCAUGUCGUGAUAUGAGAUCUUGUCGUUUCUUCAACAACUGAGAAGUACUCUUUCAUCACUGCCACACGAGAAUGUCCGAGGUUUUUGGCAUUUGGGUCUGUUUGUUAGUUUUUAGUGUUUUCUACCCAAUACAAAUGCUGGCACUUUUGAAAUAUGAAUAUAAUUGCAAUGAAUCAUGAUAGUUUAUUUGUAUGUAUUUAGUAAGCUACCAACUAAAAUUUCUAUUUGUGUUAUAGAUGUAAUAUAUAGAUCUACUGUAUCAUAUUAAAUGCUAUUUUUGUUAAGAAAUAAAUCGGUGUCAAGUUUGAUUACAUUGUUUUAGUUAUGCUGGCAUGAGAAAUACAAUAAAGAACCUGCCUAUAAAUUCA